CUCUACACUCUUCCCCUGCAAUCUCUCUCUACACACCACAUAAGAAUACACAAUGAGAGCCUUCUCGCGCCUCCUCAUGGCCACCCCUUCGGGCAUGGGCUCCAAAUCCAGCCUCAGCCAAGCCAUGGCCCUCCUCCCGCCCAUCCACCUCUACCGUCGCCUUCUCCGCGUCCACCGACGGAAGCUCGAUCCCGAGAUGCGCCUGCUUGGCGAUAGCUACGUGAAGGCGGAGUUCCGCGCGCAUCGCACGGUGGAGAAUCCGGUACAUAUUAUCGGCUUCCUGACCGAGUGGCAGCUGUAUGCGCAGAAAAUCGAAGGAGAUGCGUGGGCUGGGGAGAAAUUGGAUAAGGCGAAGCUGGAUAAGAUGAGUGACCAACAACUCGGACAGCUGUAUGAACUGCUCCAGGCUACCAGGAACUCCGAAGAUCCGGAGAACAAGUCGUGAGGUGUGUGACUUGCAGUACUGGGUGCUGUGCUGUGUUGUGUGUUGAAUGACGAUGGCUUUCUUUCUCCUUUUCUUGUUCUUUGCUCAAGUGGGACGAUAGCUUCUGCUCCUGAUACAAUACCCAAUGAUAUAAUCACUCCCUACCAUAGGAGUGGAAUGACCGACUGAGAGGGCUUGGUCUGUCUAGGAAGGAUAACAAGCCUAUGCGGAUGGAUGACUGGCUGUACGAUACCGAUAGGAUGGAUCCGACUGCGUGUGCAUGAGACUGGGACGUGUCGGGGCAGCCUUGUAUAACUCGCUGAUGUAUAUAGUAC